AUGGCUGCCUCGACUCACGGUCGCCCCGCCGAUGAUGGCACGCAGCCCCUCCUAGAGGCGCAGGAAUAUAACUCUUACUCCUGGGUGCUGCUCGAAGAUCACCCACUCCGCUCUCAUCCGACUGAAUGCUGUCCAGGAAUCUGGUGGAUGUUUCAGCAGUGGUAUGCCACCUUUCGGAAGCUCUGGGGCGAUCGCAUCUUUUCAAUCAUCUGCUUGCUGUUGAUGUUUGGGGUGAUGGUGCAAUUCUUAUCUUUCCUGCCCGAUGGCUUGUCUUAUCUAUUUUUCCGGCAGCACUACACAGCCCAGGCAGGGUUUCUUCAUUGGCCUGCAGAGUUUGAUGGGCAACCCGCUGCCUGUAUUGCCUACAAUCCACGAUCGCAUCCGGACGCCAUUCAGUAUGUCAUCGCGGCGGGCUGUACGGGGAUCAAAGCGGACAUCUGGCUCCAGGAUGAGGAGCUCUAUGUCGGAACCUCCAACGCCAGUCUGAGACCGCAUCUCACCCUGCGCAAUGUGUACCUUGGCCCUCUCUUGCAGCAUCUUGACGCAGAAAAGUCUCCAGAGGGCUCUGUACAGUCUAUCGCGACGAGCCAUCACGGAACUGCAACGGACGAGCAGUUUGUUCUAUUCUUGGAAUUUCGAUCGCCGAUUCGGGAUGGCUGGCCACGUCUUCUCGCUGAGCUGCAAACCUUGAACGAACGAGGGUAUCUUACCCAUCGCAACGACACUAAGAUUGUUCACAAGGCUGUCACGAUCGUCAUCGUGGGUGACGAGAGCGUCGACCCUGCUCACGAAGAGUACCAGCAAGAUUUCAACCACGACAGUAUCUUUGUCGAUGACCAAUUGUUCGCGAAAAGAUCCAAGUCAUCGUCUAGGCUUCAAGGAAAUAAAGCCCAAACAUUCAAAAGCAAAGGAAGUCAAUCUCGACCGUCUUGGCAAGAGGGGAAGAAUUCGACCUCGAAAGAGGUACAGCAGAAUGUGCGAUCGGUUUUCACCACGACCGUGAGCUUCAGUGCGGAGGUUGGAUCUCCUCAUCGAGGACGAUUUUCUCGACAACAACUCGAUUUGAUCCGGGCCCACGUGGAGCAAGCCCACAAACGCGGGCUAAAGGCGCGAUUUGGAGACAUCCCGUGUGGCUCGCAGAGGAUGCAACAUUUGAUUUGGAGAGUCUUGGUCAAGGCCGGCGCAGACCUCAUUGAUGUAGACUGGACCGGCUGUCAUCGUCAAGCAUGGCGGCAGUUCUUUACGACAGGGCUGGCUUAG